AUGGCAGCGAAAAACUCUAAAUCUGAUAAUCUACCUGCUCUUCCCAAGUACCUCAUCGAAGAUGAACAACUUUCACAAGAAUGCAAGGAUCUCAUUGAUACCUUACCCACAGAAUCGGGUUGGAUCAACAACUAUAUUCAUCAAUACAAUGGGUUUUGGCUCAACACAGGCCAAUUGCAAGGAACUCUCAAUUGUCGAAGCUACUUUCAAGCUCAGGAUUCUGAUAUUCUCCUUGUAACCUCACCAAAAGCUGGUACCACCUGGCUCAAAGCCCUUAGUUUUACCAUUCUCAAUCGCAAGACCCAUUAUCCAAACCCGCAGUCAGACCUGACCCAAACCCACCACCUUCAUCCUCUUCUCACUACUAAUCCUCAUGAUCUCGUACCCUUCUUAGAUACUGUCUUGUAUUUCCAGACCACCAUGCCUGACUUAAGAUCUUUCCCAUCACCGAGGCUUUUUGCAACUCAUCUUCCUUACAUUUUAUUGCCAGAGUCUGUGAAGCAGUCAAGGUGUAAGAUUGUGUACUUGUGUAGAAACCCUAAUGAUCAGUUUGUCUCCAUGUGGCACUUUGCAAACAAGUUAAGACCAGAAACCCGAGGGUUGAUUAGCAUUGAGGAUUCAUUUGAUAAGUUUUGUCAGGGAAAGAUAGGUUAUGGGCCAUUUUGGGAUCAUAUCUUGGGAUACUACAAGGAGAGCUUAGAGAGGCCAGAGAAGACAAUGUUUUUGAGGUUCGAGGAGUUGAAAAGUGCGCCUGUCAAUGUUUUGAAGGACCUAGCAGAGUUUAUAGGUUGUGGUUUUUCUAAGGACGAAGAGAAUGACAAUAUUGUAGAAAAUAUAUUGAAGCUUUGUGGUUUUGAGAACUUGAGCAAUUUGGAAGUUAACAAGAGUGGAAAAGUGUGGUGUGGGAUAGAGAAUAAGGCUUACUUCAGGCGUGGACAAGUUGGAGAUUGGAAGAAUUUCCUCACAUCUGACAUGAUCAAGCAUCUUAAUCUUAUUACUCAAGAGAAGCUGGGAAAACAUGGCUUCAAUUUUUAG